AUGAAUAUUGAAGAACCAUCAUUCACACUUCAUCCAACAAACCCUACAAAUAAUCGUUUGGUUGAGCGUCUCAAAGAAUUACGUAAACAAUAUCAAAGAUUAGAAGAAUUAAAAAAGGUAGUGGUAAAAGAAUUUUCUGCAACAGCUUGUUUACUUGAUAGAUUACCUGAAUUUUAUGAACAAAAAUAUAUUGAAAAAUUUAAAUGUGAACCUCCUCCAUUUCAUUUUUCUAAAGACCGUGUUCCACCAUUAGAUGAAAGACAAUUAGAAGUUGGAUGUUCACAUUUAUUAAAUCCUUCUAUUGAACUUGAAAACUUUCCACAACUUAUUGAUUUAAAUGAAGAUAAUUUUUUUAGAACAAAAGAAGAAAUAGAAAAUUGUCAAAGAGAAGAAGAAGAAGAAAAUAAAAAUGAGAGUAAUGAAGAUAUAAAGAAAUCUAUUGAUGAAUUUUUAUUGAAUGAAAAUGAAAUAAUUGAUGGAGAAGAUGUUAGUUCUGAUGAAGUUAAAUUACCAAGACUUAAUAAUGAAAAAGAGAUGUCGCAACUAAAGAAACAAGCAAAAAAAUAA